AGGCAAAGAGAGGAGGGAGGUGUGUGUGUGUUUUACCGCAGUGAGCAGUAGAGAAGAGAACAAGCAGCAAGAAGACAGGAGAGAAGGAGAAUGAAGGAAAUAUUUUAGAGGGAUAAAAUAAAGAAAGGAAAUAAAAAGCUGAGAGAAUUAUUAACAUUGAGAUUUUAGCUGUACUUCAUCAUCAUCAUCACUCUUCUUCCUUCAUCCUCCUUAAUUUGUCCUCCACCAAUCUGUCUGUCUCUCUGGUAUGGAGGGAAGUCCUCGGAAAAUCCAGUUCACAGUUCCACUGCUGGACUCUCACCUGGACCCUGAGGCUGCUGAGCAGAUCAGGAGGAGACGUCCAACUCCAGCCACGCUGGUUGCAUCCAGUGAUCCGUCAUCUCCAGAAAUAGAUGAAGAUCGUUUCCCAAACCAGCUGUAUAAGCAGGCGUUACUGAAUUCUCCACGGCAGAGACGGAGAGGUGUGAAGGGAACUCCGACCAUGAAGGAGCUGCAGUUCCUAGUAGAACAUCAUGUCUGUCAGCAGCACUCGACGUCUGCAGCGGACGAGUCGUCAGAGAGCUGUGUAUCGGAUGUGGGCGGGGACGAGGACACAACAGAGCAUGAUGGGAGUUUAAACUCCACGGAUACGGCGCAGGAGUUUGAGAAGCUGUGUUGUCAAAUGGAGGUGUUUUCAAGAGAGACUUUAUCAGACGCUGAGGAAAUGGCCUGCUAUUCUCAGGACAAAUCUAAUACUCAGACAUCAACACCGCACAAACACACAGGUCCAUCCCUGUCUGCAGCAGAAACAGAUCAGAAGAAGGAAAUAAAACACUAAUGAUGAAGAUGAUGAUAAAGAUGAAGGAUAAACAGAUGGAGUCAUACUACAGACAAUCUGCAAACUCACUAGAUAGUAAUGCAAGCUCGAGGCGGUUAAAGCCAAGGUGUCUGGGUUAGGGCUGAAGCUUCAUUUGUAGAUUUAGUUACUUUAUAAAUAUUAGCCACACCCACUUCAGAUUUACUGUAGUGCCAAAUUGUGAUGAAGCUUUUAAACUCCACUUCUGAUCAGA